GGGCGGAGAGACUCAGCAGGAGUAGUAUGAAAGUGAAAUAGACUGUUCAUAUUCUUGCGGGUUGAAACCAAAAGAACAUGUUACGACCGACGGAGUGACUGCAUUCUGUCACGUGGAUAUUUCGUUUUUCGGUUUUGUCAGUUUUGUCGAUCGAGCGCCAGAAAGAAUUCAGAGCAAUUGUGUCAUGGCAAAAGCAAAAGGAAAGAAAAAGAAGAAUGAUGCCGAACACAAGGCUAGAAUUCAGGAAAAGGCAAACCGAAAGUCGAACAAGAAAGUCAAGAAGUCCAAGGAGAAGGCAGAAGAGCCUGAAGAAGAUAUUGAAUCUAUCCUCGCCGCUUUCCAGAGACAACAAGAAGAGCAGUACAAAGUUACAGAGGAAAUUAUUGGAAACCCUCCCAGUAGACGGGCGAAUGGAACGUUUUCUCCGCAUCCAACGAAUACCAACGAGUUGAUCCUCUUUGGAGGUGAAUUUUAUGAUGGACAAAAGGUGCAUAUGUACAAUGACCUUUACCGAUACAGCAUCGACAAAGAUGAAUGGAAGAAGAUUACUUCACCUAAUUCUCCUGGUCCGAGAUCUGCUCAUCAAAUAGCGAUUAUGCCCACAGGAACGCUAUUUUUGUUUGGAGGUGAAUUUAUAUCUCCCAAUGAAACACAAUUUUUCCAUUAUAAGGACUUUUGGUCUUUCGACUUGAAGACUAAUCAAUGGGAUAAGUUGGAAGUUAAGCAAAAACCGUCAGCAAGAUCAGGUCAUCGCAUGGCAGUUUGGAAGAACUUCAUUGUUCUGUUUGGUGGAUUUUACGAUAAUUAUGUACAGACAAACUACUAUGACGAUCUAUGGGUUUUUGAUACGCUGACUUACAAGUGGACCAAAAUCGAGGUUCCUGAAUCAUCGAAUCGCCCAACCGCAAGGUCCGGUUUCUGCUUUAUUCCAUGUAACGAUGGUGUAAUUCUAUAUGGAGGGUACUGUAAGCAAUAUACCAAGGGACAACGAGCCAAGGGCAUUGUUCAUACAGACACUUGGUUGCUGAAGAUGAACACAGACUUGAAAGGAAUCAAAUGGGAGAAGCGAAAGAAAUCCGGCUUUGCUCCAACCUUUACAUAUCAGAUUGACAACGGUAGAUGGUUCCCGCUGAAUUUACGCAAGAGUAAGCAGGCUAAGAAGGCACAGAAAGCAAAAGCACAAAAGCAACAUCAUUCAAAUGACAGUGAUGAAGGCUCUGGCUAUGAUUCGAGCAAUGAGGCACCCAAAACCGGUCAACAGCAACAGCUUCCCCAAGACGAUAGUAUGGAGGAUUUUGCUCCACGCGCACGUUAUAAUGCGAUGACCUGUGUGCAGAAAGGCAUACUGUAUAUAUAUGGUGGCAUUCUCGAAAUUGAAGACAAGGAAUUCACUUUGGAUGACUUUUGGAGCAUCAAUGUAGAGAAAAUGACGGAAUAUACGUGUAUGAAGAGCAGUGAACUUGACGAACAAAUCUGGUUAGGAGAACAAAGCGACGAUGACGACGAUGAAGAUGAUGAAGAUGAUGAAGAUGAUGACGACGAUGAAGAUGAUGAUGAAGCUGCGAGUGAUAAUGAAGACGAUGAAAAUGAAAGUGUAGGCAGCAAAGCAAAAAAACGAAAGUCGAAAAAGAAGGAUGAAAGCAAGAAGGAUGAGAACAUGACCGAUGUAGUCAUAGAGGAGGAGGCGGUACCUGAUGUCAUAGAAGAAGAAGACGAACAAGCGCAAGCUAUGAACAAACUGAAUCAGCUGUUGGAGCAAGACGCGAAAGCAAAAGAGGAGGAUGCUCUUGGUACCCCGAACCUGGGAGAAAGCUUGAGGGACUUCUAUGCCAGAACUUCUGAAUUUUGGGCAAGAAAAGCCUUCGAGGAGGAUGAAGAAGGCAUGGCUCGCGGAAAGGCGUUGCGUAGAGAUGCUUUCAGUAUGGCCGAGCAGCGAUACCAGGACUACCAACCUAUUUUACAGGAGAUUGAGAAGCUCAAAAUGGAUGCAGGUCUGGAUGAAAAUGAUACCAUCAUCUCGAAGAAGGUCAUGGGUGGCAGUGAUCCUGCUGCCGAUAAAAUGGCUUCUCGCAAUAGACGGUAACUUAACAUCAAUUCAAAAUAAAACAACUGAGAUUUAUAGAAUCAAACAUAACA